CAACCUGCUUCUGCUGGUCUGCCACGCACGCGCACGCAUGAGUCAUACAUGCGCAUGCGAACACGCACCUGCUCGCGUGAGCGCGCAUGGUGUCUGCCUUGAGGGCGUCCACGUACACGCCACGUCAGCGGGGACGCGCGCGUCACAGCUGCGCGCGCGCACGCACGAGCGAUCCUUUCUCGUCUUCGCACACGUUUGACGCCGCCGCUGCUGACCCGCGCACUUGCGUUGGUGUUGCGUUCAAGGACCUUGGAGACAGACGGACGGACGGACGGACGGACAGAAAGACAGUCGCCUCUUCGUUCACGCGCGAGCGCCUCAGCCGCCCAGCAGAGAUGGCGAAAGCGGACCAGCGCUACGGCCAGCGGGACGGCUCGGACCAGAACUUCGAUUACAUGUUCAAGCUGCUGAUCAUCGGCAACAGCAGCGUGGGCAAAACCUCCUUCUUGUUCCGAUACGCCGACGACUCCUUCAGCAACUCCUUCGUCAGCACGGUGGGCAUCGACUUCAAGGUGAAGACCGUGUACCGCCACGACAAGAGGAUCAAGCUGCAGAUAUGGGACACGGCGGGCCAGGAGCGUUACCGCACCAUCACCACGGCGUACUACCGAGGGGCCAUGGGUUUCAUCCUCAUGUACGACAUCACCAACGAGGAGUCCUUCAACGCCGUGCAGGACUGGGCCACGCAGAUCAAGACGUACUCGUGGGACAACGCGCAGGUCAUCAUGGUGGGCAACAAGUGCGACAUGGACGAGGAGCGAGUGGUCGCGCCCGAGAAGGGAAAACAGCUGGCGGAGCAACUCGGUUUCGAGUACUACGAGGCGAGCGCCAAGGAGAACGUCAACGUGCGGCAGGUGUUCGAGCGCCUGGUGGACAUCAUCUGCGUCAAGAUGUCAGAGCGCGUGGACGUGGAGGCGCCGGCGGCCCCCGGGACCAAGACCGCCAGACUGAGCGACAAACCGGCGGGCCAGCUACCCCCGAAGUGCUGCUGAUAGGCCGCCACACCCCCCCCCCCCCACCACCACUGCCCAACCACCCC